AAAACUUUGCGGAAAUGAAUCACCCUAUUGCCCACCCAUAAAUAUGAUUUAAGAUAAAAAUUUUAAUGUAUCUUGAAUGAAUUCAAGUGAAAUAUACUUCUUCCACUAAGAACUUUUUUUUUCAGUGUAAAAAUUAAUCAUAUUUUUUUUUCAUUCAAGAUGCCCACCGAAUGCAUAACAAACCCUCUACAGAGGGAACUAGCUGACUCCAUUAUAAGAAUGGUACCCCUGGACGAGAUUAGAAUUCUUCUGGCAUGUGGGGCAAAGGUAAACGAACCAGUUACUCAAGGGCUGAUGCCUCUGCACUACGCAGUUUGGCAGAGAUAUUAUGAAGCCGCCCAACUGUUGCUAACUAGAGGUGGGGACGUGAAUGCUAGAGAUGAGUGCGGCUAUAGCCCUCUUCAUUUGUCAGCGGAACACGGGUACACUGAAGUAGUCCGUCUUCUACUGAAAUCUGGCGCCAAAGUGGACUACCGUCCUGACACCGGAGAAGAUUUUCCUAGGACCACACAAUGCGAUGAACCGCUAAGGCUCGCCAUACGUAACAAACACAUGGAAAUCGCACGCAUGCUCCUGGAAAACGGAGCCGACCCGAACAAGAGAUACUUUUUCGGCGCCGAAAUCAACUUGGUGACGGAUUUGGAGUUCCUUGGUUUACUCUUGACUUUCGGAGCAAACCCCGACAGCAGAGAUAGAUCCGGAUUGACGCCUUUGAUGAAAGCCGUCAGGCAACCACAAGGUAUGGAAGCUGUUCUUCUACUUCUCAAACACGGAGCUGACGUGAAUGCUUUUGCAGACGAAAGACACGACUAUAGAACUGUUCUGCAUUACGCUGUCCUGUCGGGAAAUCACGAAAUCAUAAACUUGAUUAUCAAGCAAGGUGCCAAAUUGAAUUACGAUGAAGAACUCGACUUGGGAAAGCCAAGCCCUCUAGACCUGGCUAUUUUGAAAGGCGACCCAAAAAUAGUGGAGUUUCUUAUAAGAUCAGGAGCCAACGUCAAUAGUAGCUCCCCAAUAAUCGGAUCACCUUUGCACGUAGCCUCCUCAGAUAAUAUACCAAACAGAUACGAUAUUUUAAAAAUGUUACUGACCGCUGGGGCAGACCCUAACCUUAAAGUAUUCAAUGACGUCAUGGAUAGAAAUUCGCAGUUGAGGCCAGUGUUGGUGGAGUAUUUGGCUAGUAAUGAACAACCUAGUUUGGCUGUGGUGAACUUGCUCAUCAAAUAUGGCGCCAGGGUAAUAAUGAAAACUCAGUUUCGCGAUCCAGAUGGCGUUUUAAACUCUUUGCAAAACGUAGUGACCUCUAACAACGACGCCAUCUUUUAUCUUCUCUUGGAAUCUUGCGAGUCUUUCGAUCUUUGCAUGAUUAGAAGAAACACGAUACUGACACCACAGCAGAAAGAAAAUUUACUAGGGCUGGCCAGAAGUCCCCAAUCCCUUAGAAGGCAAGUGAGAUUAUUUUUGAGGAAGCUAUUGGGCAAUAAGUUGAUUCAUGUUGGGGAAGAUUUUGAAAUACCAAUGUCGUUGAAGAAAUACUUGUUGUUUGACUAUAGCUGAACAAUUAAUUUAAAAAAAAUGUGAUAAUACAUAACAUAUUUGUAAAUUUGGUGCCAAAAUUAAGGGCAAAUAACAUGUUUAAAAAAAUAUUUUUUUACUACUGAUUUGCCUAAUUUUUUUAAUAGUCGUCUAAAUAACAAGGUAGUGCUUAUUAUAUAAAUUUAACUAUUCAUUUAUUACACUAUGAUAGUUCGAUUUACUAACCUAUAUUACCUAAUUUUGGGCUGAUGAUUUUAAAAAUGCCACUCGUUUUGCUCCAGGACGUCUAGGAUUCGAAAUAAUUGCGUAAUAAAAUGCUCUGCCCAAUUAUCUCGACUAUUAUUUGAUAUGCAUGCCUAAAGUACCCAAAAAUUUAAUCUCGAAUCUUAUUUAUUAAGCCUUAUCAAAAUUUAAUAUCGAAUUGAAGUAUAAAGGCGCCUUUAUCUACUUUAUCGCAAACUAAAGUGCAUCUAUUAAUUAUUGACAUUUAAAAUUUAAACUUUAAAUUGUAUUUUUACUUGAAAGUGAUUUUAAGAACCAAAAAUGAAAAAGAGCAGGAAAUGGAAGUGGCAGAGAAAGAGAAAGGAGACGAACAUUUAGGUCGUCGUUGUAAAUUUGUUUUGUUUUUGUUGCGGUACCUUUACGCCCAAGAAAACCCAACGCAAUAUUUCAUUGCAAAAUUUUAUGAGAUAUACCUACCACUUUAAUUUUGCAGGAAUAUUAAAUGGACCUGAUAAAAGACGUUUAAUGAAAGAUCAACAUUCAAAAAUGCUCUCAAAGUUGACGAGCUUGUCGCAUAUGGCAGUGUUAAAGCUGUCAUUGAAAAUGUUCUUGGUUCAUAUGGGGUCUAAAAUUGGCGCCAAUUCAUUGAAAGAAUGCUUUCCGUUUUGCAAAGAAUUAGCGUUAAUAUGGCAUUUAAAAUACAUUUUCUUUUUUUUCGUCCUGAUAAAUUUGCCGAACUGAUGAGCAUGGAGAACGAUUUCACCAAGUAACUGCAAAUCUAGAGCAUUGGUAGAUAUCUAUGAGUAUAGUGGAAAGAAGUUGGAUUCAUUGCUAGGAGACAUUUGCUGGAAUUUGCAGCAAAAGAUGUACGACGAUGAUGAGGGUUAAGCACAAUAAUACUAUAAUCCCAUUUGAUAUGUGAUACGAUUUAAUAAAUUUAAGGUAGAAAAAAGCAAAAUUAUGCAAUGAUCCUAGACGACCUAGAGAAAAACUAAUGACAUUUUUGAAAUCAGCGGCCCAAAAUUAGUAGGAAAAAAAAGUUUCUAAAACUAUCAUAGUGUUAUUUAAAAUAUUAAUAAUAUUUAAUAUUCAACUAAUAUUUUAAUACACCCAACAUGUUUUAUUAAUUUUUUACAAUUUUUCCAAUAUAUAUGUAUUUAAUGUUUUAACUAAAAAUUGCUAACCAAUUUAACUAAUUAACAAAUAAAAUUAACCUAACAUGUUUACUUAUACUAAAAACUAAUAAUAACCUUAAGAAAAAUAACCAUCAUUAAUAUUAUUAAAAUGGUAUUUACCCCCAAAAUAAAAUUACUCAACUGGUAGAUUAGAUUCAAUUUACUGCACAUUUUUUUCAAUCCUCACUAACAAACUACAACUUUUAACUUUUAUGUGUGUUAUUUUGUUUUUGCCUUUAAUUUUGCCCAAACUUUACCUGUACCAUUGGAAUAUUCAAUCAUAAUGUGAUACUACGAAAAUAUUCUUCCUUAGCUUAUAAUCAACGAUUUUUUAGACGUUUUGUAUAUUUUUACCCUUCAUAUUUAUCGUUUGUAUAUUUGUACCGUACGAAAAUAAAUAAUUA